CCUCCAUCUGGUUCAGAGGACAGAAUACACAGAGAGACACAUCACAUCGGAUCAGCUGUAAAUCUGUGGAGUUGUUCACUGUACCGGGAUUCAUUACAUUUUCACCAAAUGCGAAGAAACGAUUAACAGGAUUCUAAACUUCGCUGCAGACAUUUACUCACAAGCAAUGCUGUGUUUAGGAGAUUCUGCUGACUGCCUCCGGGACCAAAUGCAAUACAUGAUGAGAUCCCUGCAGGACCUGAAGCAGAUCAGCAGACAGAGGCCACUGAGUGAACCGUGUGUUCAGUCAUUUGCUGUAACACGGCUUUGCAAACAGAGGGCACAGCAAGAGCGGCUCACGCGUCUACGUGUUUCUGAUGCAAGUGAAGCGAGCACAUAUGACUCUGCCUGCUGCCUGGCCAGCCCCCUGGAAGAAGAAGAAGAGCAGCAGGAGCAUGAGAGGUUGACACAAGGUUCCCCAAGCAGCGAAAAGAGUCUGGACCUGGACUCGGGUUACUCUGAGGCUUCUUGGCAGGAUGAAGGUGUGGUGCUGAGGAGAACCAGAAACGUGCGAGUCUCCUCUUCUGCCUGCCUUCGCACAAACAGAGGACCUUCUGGCAGAAUCCGGCCUAAAUCAACCUCGGACGCUUGCCUGGAGCGCUGGACCUCAUUUGAGGCCGGUGACCCAGAGGACUGGACGACAUCGCUGCUGAGCCGCAGCAGGAACAGACAGCCCCUGGUUCUGGGGGACAACAGCUUUGCUGACCUAAUUAAGAACUGGAUGGACCUACCAGAGAGUCCUGAGCCAGCACAACUAAAGCCCAGUGCAGGCAGGCGUCUUGCCAAAGACAUUUUGGUCAACAUGCGGCGCAGACUUGCUGGGAUGUCUAAAAGUGUGGAGGUGAGGCCAAGGCCAGCAGACUCCACAAGGGCCAGCAGGGCUGCAGAGGCUUCCAAACGGAUGUCCUGUCCUGUGGGACUCCAGGCUCUAAAACCCUUCUUUCACCAGUCCCACACAGGCCUACACCAAUUGGACACUGACUUCUACCAGUUCACCGCUCUCAUGAAGACAGGCAGCCGACAACCCAUCAUAUGCAAUGACAUUAUUGGAUACAUUUAAAUGAGGCUGUAACUACGGACUGACCCUUUAACACAAUAUAUAAUAAGAUUGCUCUAUUUCGAUUUUGUCCACAAUGUUGAUACAUCUGGAAUAAAAGUUUUUUAUAAU